UGUGGUGCUCGCGCUCACUCCCGCCCCCGCCGGCCUUCCGUUCUUCACCUCCCACCCCGGGCUCCAGCUGCUCCCCUUGUUUUAUCGCUUCGCCUCAUUGGACCUUCUGCUCUCGAUUUUGUUUUAACUUCCUUCAGUCAAUUCUUGCUUCUAGUUAGCUUUGCGAAAUUUCAGCGUGCGCCUCUUUCGGUAUUAUUUCUUAAUUUAGCUUUCGUUGGAGGUCUUUGCAAGCUGUUGCAAGCGCUUGUGGCUGGCGCGGUGGAGCGGUGGAGCGGUUUUUUAAUAGGGACGAAGUGAUUUCCAGCUUUGUUCGAUUUUGUUGAAGAAUUUUGUGGCAUUAGGCGUUUUAAGCUUCCAUUGAGGAUUUUUUUUGUGCGCCAAGCUUGUUAUUGGAACGAUUUACACGUUGGGAUUGGAGUUCUUUUAGUUCCGGUGCAGCUGCGUCUCCAUGUUCCAGGUACAGAGGUGUGUCCACUGGGUAGGAGGCUCGUGAACGUGACGGGAGACCAAUCCAACACAUGCAUUGUUGAUCGCGCAUUGAAGUUUGAUAAGAGUUCGAGAAAAUGUGGUUCGUUCCCGAAUUUCCGAGACUCUUCUCGCGCGCUGACUACUAUCAGCGCAGCAAGAGUGUGUGGGAACAUACAGGAUCAUGGGGUCCUUCGCUCCCGGUGGCAAUGGUCAUGGGCUUGUUUUGUGCUUACGUGUGGGCAAAGCUUAAGCCAUGGCUGUCGUCUAACCAGGUGGACAGAAAGGAAUAUAUCCUACAAGAUUUGUCCAAUGCAAAAACGUUUUUGACGAGUCUUCACGACAGUUUGUGGAAUUCGAGAUCGCCUCCACAGAACACUGAGACGAUAUCGAAAGCUGGAGAGGACGUCCUCUUGCAAAGAACCGCUUCGCGCAAGAAGGAUGGAACUAGGAAAACUUCUGAGUCGAUUACAGGCACAUUGACAAUCGGAACGAGUGUGGAGAAAAGUGAGGUUUCAAGAUUAAGGCGUAAGCUUCGUCGUGUAGCGCAAAAGGAGCAUGUGCAUGAAAUUUUGGAAGGUUCUGUACUCUUGCAAACGCGCCUUCCAAUCACGUCUAGCCUUUUGAGCGAGGCGUUCGAUUUAGCUCGCCAAGCUAUCGCCCUCGACCCACAGAGCACUCUGCAGCUGGGGGGCUGGGGUGUUAUAAUGCAGUCAGAGGGCGAGAUUAAGCUUCUACGACUUGAGGAUGGUGAUGCACCUGUUCUGUUUGAUUCAUUUCGUGAAGAAGACCUAGAUUUGAGGGUCGAGGGACUUUUUCUUCGAGGAGUACAGAUCAGGGCAAUCACAAGUGAAACUAGUACUGUACUCAGAAGCAAAACUCUUCUUAAGGACGAAGCAGGAUGGAUCGAUGUGCUCAUAGUGUGGCCGCCUUUUGUGACGCUGAGCAAAUCUUCACUCCUCUACGCGACCAAAAUCGUCGAGUUUAAAGGCGUGGUUGUUACAUUACGGAGUAAUCUUAUUCCAGUUUCCUUCAAACCGAAACCUAAAGAUGAAGACCACACAGGCUUGUACCUCGCAGCUGCACUGGCGUUUGUGGUGGCCCUUCUACCGAGUUCCUUCUGGUUGCCAAUCCUCGGCCAGAUUGGUGUGAUGUUUCUUCCAGUGUUUCAAAUGGCAGCUAUAAUCCUUGGUUGGAACUUAGGUCACUUUUUCCUGCUUGGAGAGUGGCCCAGUACAGGAGGCGAUCGCGAAGUGAAAUUGGAUUCAGAAGACGAGUUGAAGGAAUUCGGCGACAACCUCUACAAAUACAUCAGUCCAUGGGACAGUGCGGUGAGGAUGGAAAUGAGCGAUCUCCAAAGCCAUCUCGCGAAAAAGUUGGAGUCGCAACCAAGUGUAAGCAACGCAGGGAUUUAUGCUCAACAGGCAGAUUAUCGCACGGAAUUUUGGAGAAAAGGUCUUGGGGAAAUGGACCUGGCCAUUGAGAUUGACCCGAAAAGAGAGCUACCUUACAGGAUUCGAGGUUGCAUCAAAGGAUUAGCAGGAGAUUAUGAAGGAGCCUUAGAAGAUCUGGAUCAAGCGCUUAAAUUGAAAACCGACGACGUCUUGGCACUCGUUGAUCGAGGUGUAUUCAAAUUCUUGGGAGCUGACUUCGCUGGCGCCCUGGCUGAUUUAGACCAAGCAAUCAAGCACGAUCCUGCUCAACCUGCAAAUAUUUUGAAGCUCCGAGACACGAUUGCCAAGAUUUUGGCUGACCGAGAGGAGCUUGCCAAGCUACGAGAAGAAAACCCAAGACUUAAAGCUGAAUUGGAAGCUCUGCGCGCUAAAUCUGAAGCUGAUCUGAAGGCGGCUCAAGACAAAGCUGCCGCUGAUCUCGAAGCAGCUCAAGCCAAGGCUGCCUCUGAUCUCGCAGCAGCUCAAGCCAAGGCUGCCGCCGAUCUCGAAGCAGCUCAAGCCAAAGCUGCAGCCGACUUAGCGGCUUUGCGUACCAAGGCUGAAGCAGAGGCUGAGGAACUGCGUUCCAAAGUCCAGAAACUCCAGAAAGAUCUCAAAACCGCCCGAGAUACUUUGAGCAAAGUGCCAUCAAAUCAAACAUUGGAGUUUAAGUACAACAAUCUCUGCUGCGAGAAGUGCGUCCGAGAUAUUAAGGCUGCUCUAUCGAAGGUUCCUGGGGUAGAGUCAGUUACUGAGGAAUUCAUGGAAAACAAGGUGAUCGUAACGGGCUUCAUAUCGGCCUCCGUUGUCCUAUCAGUCUUGAGGAAAACUUCGCCCAAGAAAGUCAUCUACAUUGUUGGCGAAAACGUGCCUGAAGAUCCUAGUUCCUUCGACCCAGAAUCAACACCAAGGGACAUGCAUGAUGCUGAACAUGAAGCAGCAUCCGAGGCACAACCUGAAGCUGCACCGGAAUCCGCCCCUGCCCCUGAGCCUGCUGCUGAACCAACUCCUGAACCAGCUCCGAAGUCUACAACAGAGCCUGCAGCCGAACCAGCAGCAGCAGCAGCAGUACCCGACCCUACACCAGACCCGGCGGUCGAACCUGCACCAGAAACGAAACUGGAUGUCCAACCGGAGGCUAGCGGCACAGCAGGACCUGCAAAAACGUCUGAACCUGCGCCAGAAGCGGAGACUGAACCUGCAACCGAAGCCAAAUCGGUUGCUGAACCGGAGACCAAUAGUACCACCAAACCUGCAGCAGAAACCAAACCGGAUGCUGAACCGGAGACCUAUGGUACCACUGAACCUGCAGCAGAAACCAAACCGGAUGCUAAACCGGAGACUAAUGGUACCACUGAACCUGCAGCAGAAACCAAACCGGAUGCUAAACCGGAGACUAAUGGUACCACUGAACCUGCAGCAGAAACCAAACCGGAUGCUAAACCGGAGACUAAUGGUACCACUGAACCUGCAGCAGAAACCAAACCGGAUGCUGAACCAGAGGCUAAUGGUACCACUGAAUCUGCAGCAGAAACCUAAUCGGACGCUGAACCAGAGGCUAAUGGUACCACCGAACUUGAAAAAACGUCUCAAUCUGCGAGCAAAUCAUAGAUGCCAGCAGAGAAACUCCAGGAAAACAGCGGGGUUCAAGCGAGAAACGCGAAGUGAAACAAAAACUGGGCUAGCUGAAACGUUGAUUGAAUUGUUGCGACGACAUGCGAUGCAGUUGUAAAGAUGCUUAGAGGUGGCGGAUUGUGUAAAUUUAUCACAAUGGAAAUGAGAAACAUGAACAACCACAAAAUUAUGCCUAGUACACUGGAAGGUAGUAUAUUUAUUACUUCAGGUCAGGGCAGGAAGAGAUGAGCCACAGACGCCACAUUCGGUGGAUAAGAUGCACUCAAGAUUUUGUUACUUAGAUUGUGUCAUUCAGACCUAAAUUGGAGAAAAUAGGUUAAUAUUAUAAGUA